AUGGGCGACUCAGCAACCCGGCGGCGAGCACCAAAAGUCACGUCCUCGGCAUCCAAAGCCACCGCCCAUGUCGAUGAUCAGCCCGAAGACACCAAUUCACGAGUGAUCUCGUUGCUCGACGUCCUGCGCCUCCUCCUCACCCUCGUGUUUGCGUCAUGCCUGCUCUCAUACUACCUCACCUCCGGAGCCUCCUUCACCUUCAACUAUAGUCCCUGGUUCCUCAAUGCCUCAAAACUCUCGACCUGGUGGAGCGGCCCUCUCCUGCUGACGCCCGCACAGCUGGCGCUCUACAACGGCACGGACCCCUCCAAGCCAAUAUACUUGGCCAUAAACAAUACCAUCUUUGACGUGACCGCGGGGAGACACACCUACGGACCGGGUGGAAGCUACGAGGUUUUUGCGGGUCGAGAUGCCACGAGAGCGUUUGUAACGGGUUGUUUUCUCGAAGAUCGGACGGGUGACCUGAGGGGAGCGGAGUGGAUCUACAUCCCCAUCGAAGACGACCCGGACGAGGACAUUUCAAGCGGAGCAAGGAAGCUACGCGCGGAGAAGGAGCGCCGAGACGCGAAGAAGAAAGUCCUCGCAGAGGUGUCCAAGUGGGAGGAGUUCUACAGGAAUCACCAGAAAUACUUUGAGGUGGGCAAGUUGGUGGGUGUGCCGGAAAAUGCGGGUGCGGCACCGAAGUUGUGCGAGCCAGCUGAGAAGGGACGGCCGAAGAGGAAGAAUAUGAAUGCAAAGGACAAAAAGGACAAAAAGGACGCGCCAGGGAAGCCUGUCCAGUGA